UUGGACUUUAUAUGGCAAUAAUUGAUAAGCAAGAUUUAUAAGGUUCAGGUUAGAUGGAAGAGUAGCCAGAUUUAUUGUAUUAGUGUCUUAAUUGUUGAUGUAACUCAAACAGCUCAGUGAAUCUCAAAGCAGCAAGAAGUAAAAACCAAUAAGAAACAAACUGUUCUGGUUAUUGAACCGAAUUCACUUCUGAUUAACUCAACCAAAUCUUUGACAUCGCUACAAUACCUUAGUACCAGCGAAUGAAUAACUUGAAAGCAGACAAAGAGGAUUGGAUUAAAAUCAGUUUUCAAGAAUAACAUCAGGUAUCAUCCUCUUAUCAAACAAACAGCACAACCAAAGUGCGAAUCCGUACUUGGAGAUCAUCUUUUGGAUAACAAUGGCCCCACCAUCUUAUUAUGAAUUGGGAUACCAGGCCAGAGACAUCUUUAAUAAACAUUACCGUAAGGAAUUUACUCUCAAAUUGGCUCUAAAGGGAAAACAUUCAGAUGGCAAUAUUAAGUGUAACCAGAUUCUUACAGUUAAAAAUAAUCUUGGAUUUGUAAAACUAGAUGUUAGAACUAUAACAUCUUCUGGAUUGGAAUUUAAUGUUCAUGGCUCAUCAAAUAGUGAAACCAAUAAAACUUUUGCUAAUGUUGAUGCCAGUUAUACUCUUAACAAGUGUGGAUUGACAUUGAAAAAAAAAUUGGACUCUGAUAAUAACAUUACUGUUGAAUUGUCUCAUCGAGAUAAAUUGAUAAAAGGACUAACUUUGGGAGGCAGACGAUCUAUUGUGUUAAAUGGAUCUCAGAGAGGAACAAUUUUUGCUAAAUGCAGAGGAGAUUUGGUAAACCUUAGCACUGAUGUUGACUUUGAUCCAGCAGGAGCAAUGGUCAAUGGAACCGCUGUUAUUGGAUCCAAAGAAUUUUUAAUUGGCUCACAAGUUACUUAUGAUCCAAAUCUAAGAAAGAUGAUUAAGACAAAUUUCGCCGCUGGUUAUGGUACUCAUGACUAUGCUGUACAUGGCAGUCUUAAUGAGAAAUAUGAUUUUAAUGGAUCAAUCUACAAUAAAGUCAAUGAAUCUUUAGAAAGUGCUGUUUCUGUCGGAUGGUCAGCUGAUAAUUCAUCAACCAAAUUGGCUCUCGGAUGUGUUUAUCAACUGGAUUCGACUUCCACUGUUCGAGCUAAAAUCAAUAACAACAGUCAGUUUAGCCUCGGAUUCUCUCAUAUACUCAGACCUGGUAUCGUGAUAUCACUGUCGUCCAUGUUUGAUCUAAAAAAUUUGAACGGAGGUGGACAUAAAAUAGGAAUGGGAAUAGAACUUAAUCAAACUUAAUGAGAGUUACUUCAGCUGUGACUCCAAACCCUCUUUUAGUUCCAUUUCAAUUUGAUUUUUAAGUUAAUUUAUUUAAAUUUCUUCUUUCCAAUGAAUUAGUAUUCUUCCAGUUCUCAACACAUUCUUGUAAUUUUGAUUCACAUUAUCUCGGAAUAGACAGUUUCAAAUUUUGAAAUGCUUUCAGACAUCAUUCCAUUAAGGUAGAUGCAUUGAUGCACCUAAACAGACAAUUAAACAAAAGAUUAUCCAAUUCACAUAA